AUGUCGGAUGGCAGGCCACUGCCCUAUGCUUUCAAUCCCCUCCCAGUCAUCUCUGGAUCAGUAAGCUUCCGCCCGGUACUAGCUGAUUUACAAGGCCCUCCACCCGCCAUCUAAGAGGAAGGAGGCGGAGUAUUACUACUACUACUACUACUACUACUACUACUACUACUACUACUACUACUACUACUACUACUACUACUACUACUACUACUACUACUACUACUACUACUACUACUACUACUACGGAGAGAAAAACUUGACUACUACUACUACUACUACUACUACUACUACUACGGAGAGAAAAACUUGA